GAAUGGAAGGAGCGGUAUGGAAACAGAGACGAUUCCACUAGAAACAGAGUUGUCCACACAGACCAAAAAGAAUCCAGCUUCUCAGAGACCAAUACUAAUAGACCACUAUCAAAGUAUACCCGAUCAAAUGGUAGGACUGAAAGAGAUAGAAUAGAACUCCUCCAGGAUGCAGAACCUUUGGAUUUUAAUGCAGACUCAAUUAACGAUGACCCUCUUGAAUCGGACUCGGGAAGGUACCAGCCUGGUGGAAGAUACCUGUCAAUGUCUCGAAGCAAAAUAUUUGAUGAUGUCUAAACUCCUUGAAGUUAUAGAAAAUUCAGUGGAAACCUAUUUCCUACUCAUUGCUUGGAAAAUACUGUGUUUAUGAUAUAUCACUGAACCAGAAAAGACCAUUUUUGUCUCAGAAUAUGAAGGAACAACUAUUUUGGAAAUGCACCUGUAUGAUAACUUUACUACUUAUGACAAGAAUAUGCUUCUUCUAUUGUAGAUAUUGUUAUGCAUCAGUGUGGGCUUUUGUGUCAUGAC